AAUGGAAAAGUGGCCCCAUCUUUGAUUCCCAUCCUUGCAGCUUCCUACGCCAUAUUGAUGAAACACAGGUUUCAUAACCUCUCAGCAUUUCAGAGGCUUACUACUGCCAUUGCCAUCAAAGGAGGACUAGAUGAUAGGAUUUGUUCAGUUUUGUUGCCUGUUGUUCUUUUAGAACUGUUUCUUGGGAAAGCUCGAGUUGAUUUGUUUUACUGUUCAGAAUUCUUGUGGACUGUAUGGCACAGACAAGGUUGAACCAUCUUGGACUGACAUUAUCAACUUCAAAUAGAAUAAGGUUCCAAGAAAGUGUGCAUGACUGUUCUUUGAAGCUGAUUACAGAGAGUCUAAAAUCAAAUCCACUAGUCAAGAUAACAGGUGAUAACCUUGAUAUAUAUGUGAAAACCUCAAAACUUACAUCAGAAAAAAGAAACCAAGACCUUCAUCUGUUUACAUCAAAUGUAAUAUUCAGCCGAAUUGCAACCACAGACAUGUCGAACACAAAGCCAAAUGUUGAAGCAAACAAGCUCACAGCUGAUGAUGUGCUGUUGACAUCAGGAAGUCUGAAACAAGAGAGACUUGCAUAUGCAUAUAGCGUUUUACUGGCAAGAAUCCUGUGUAAGCUGCCUGCUUUCCAGAGCUACAAGAAACUUAUUCCUGAGCAUUUGCCCCAUGAGUAUUCUAAGAAGAUGGAAGCCAAGUCUUUGGUGUACCCACUUCCUAUCCAGUUUAGGAAUGAAGCCAAACACGAGGACUGCCUUUGUAUAAUGGACACAUAUGAAGACCAGCUGAUCAAAAUGUUCACAGAAGCUUUUGGUAACACAGAUGUCUUGAGGAAGUUUGGUGUACCAGUUGGUGGCGACCAGCUGACCAGAGUCAGACUACAGGAAGCAAAGAACAUCAGAUGUCUCUCUGUUACUCCUGAGAGGAGACUGGAUGACCUACAUCCUAUUGUUUGUGAAAUGUGGCACAAUAAGCAAGACUUUCUUGAGAAAUGCUUUAAAGCACUAUACAAGACAAGCAAUACUCCUCCAACUCUGGCAUACUUCAAGACUCUGCUGCAACGCUCCAAUGUGAAUGGCAAAGUUAAAGGAAGGUUUCAGCCUCAUUUUGACCUUUUGAUGACAGUUGGUGAGGGAAUGAUCACAGAGCAGUUCAUGGAAUUCUUCAACAUGGAGGACAUGGACAGUAAGCCUCAGCAUCGAGACUUUGACGAUUUGAGUCAUCAACCAAAAGAUCAACAGAAAUCUUUUCUUUUGGAUAUCAUCCAAAAAUUUAUGAAAUACUUUGGUUAUGGAUUGUUGGAGACACCACAUUUGAUACCCAGAAGAAAUGAAUAUCAAGAAAGAGUGGAGAAAAGAAGCACCAUACUUGUGAAUGGGCAACAGUUCAUCAUUCAGACAUCCGAAGAGAAAACAUGCUACAAAGAAGAGGAUGAAGUAUACAAUUACUGCAUGCUUCUAUGUCACUGGUACCUGCAUGUUAUUGAAAUGCAUGACACUGCUAAAGAGGGAGAUAUCCACAGAGCAGUACUUAACUGCAAGUAUGCCAUCCCAUUUUUUUAUUCUCAUUCUAAACUAAGUAAAUACUUGGUGGAAAAUGUCAAUUAUGUCCUCCAAACAGAACACUUAUUAUCUCCUCUGCAAAGUUUGCGAGUGCUAGAGGGAUCAUUUGUUAACACCAUUGGUGGGAAGGGUAAAUGUGUUGAGAGUGAUUUAGUGCAGGAACAUUCCGUGUGCAACCAAAAGAGCCUUAUAAGAAGUCUUGGCGCUAACAAGACUGAGAAAUCCAUUUCAAGAGCCACAGCAUCAGCAGAUGCUAUUGCAGAGAUUUGUUCCCAAAUGGACAACUGCUUGCAAAUUAAGCCCAAAAGUGGUCGUCAUUCCAAGACGGUUUCCGUGAAUGAUCAAAUUAUCGUUAGCAGGGAACUUCGAAAAAUUCGCCCAUUUCAAUACAUACCUGGACGAAAGUGUCAAGGAUUUUCAUCUCUCCAUCCAAUUCCUGUUACAACUGAAAAUGUGCCAAACAUGAAAGACUGGAUAAAUCACCUUAUAAGGAAGCUUACUCGUGGACAGGUAGUUCCAGUGGAGGAAGAGGAGGAUGAAGAGGAGCAAGAUGAUUGGGAAGAAGACUAACUUUAUUAAGUUUAUGAUCAUUUUUUUCCAUUUCGAUUUAAUAGGGGAUUUUCAUAAAACACUUUUGGGGGGAAUAUUCUAUCUGAAUUUUUAUUACGAACUAUUUCAUUUAUUGAUAAAGCAUGCAGUUUUAAUUAAUAUUUUGACCAAUUUUAAUUUUUAGUGAUUUUUCUUUUCAGUUGGUAUUUUAUAGCUUGUGUUUCUGUAAAAAUAGUCAGUGGUAUAAUACAGUUAUUAUGGUAUAUGCAUAUAAUGUUAAAUUAAUGUUUGUAUAUUGAUGUUUGUAUGUAUUGUGUAUACCUUACACUCCCUUGAUUAAAUCACCUGUGAUACACAGAUACAUAUAAUGCAUUGUCAUCUCUGUCAAAGUGAUCAAAGAGUUCACAAAUAUUUGUUUUCUGUUUUAUACCAUGGAUCAUAUGAACAUUUCAGUUCAUUGCAGAUAAUCAUUUUUCUUCCUCAUCUUUAUCAUUUGCUUUAUAUUAUUGAAGUUUUCCCUUUUUUCAAAGGUUGAAUUAUACAUCAUACAGUCAUUUCAUAAGCUUGGUUUUUCAUAUAGGAAGAUAUUUAGAAGUUUUGGCACCUUUACUAAAUUUCUAGCCAACAUUAAUUUUGGAUAUGUAUGUAAUGCUAUAGUAUACUGGAAGCUUGAAUGGAUGGUUUUUUUUUGUGUGUAAUGAAUUUAGCUGAAAUAUCAUAAUUGAAUAUGUCUGGUAUUACAUGUACAUGUAUAAUACUUGAUGUUUGUCUGGAUGGAUGGAUGUAUAUUAUAAUUGUUUGCAUGUAUAUAUAUUUUUCAAUAUAUGUAUAGACAAGUAUCAAAAAGCUAAAAAAAAAAUUAAGGAAUUAAAGUUCAUAUUUAAUUUGUUCAUAUGGCAUCUUUCUCAGAACACUUUGUACAUUGACAUUGUGUAAUGCAGCAUGAACAGCAUUCACAACCAGUGAUGGUUUUGUCUUUUGUAAAACCAAAUGUAGAUAAAAGCUGAUCUCUUAAACACAUGGAGUUAUUUUUGCAGUAAUUAAUAAUAUUUUCAUGGAUUCCUGGUAAAUUGCGAGCAAUGUCCUGAUUGUUGUAGUAAAGAACUGCAUGUAAUCGCUGUCCUCGGCGGCCAGCUCUUCCCACUUCCUGAAAAUACUGAGAUAAAUCUCUUGGAGGACAGGCAUGGAUAACUUGGGUAACAUUACUGGGGUCAAAACCCAUGCCCGAUAUAGAGGUGGUUAGCACCAAACGAAUUCUCGGGUUUUCUUUUUUUAAUUCAUUAAUUGUUGCAUCAAUGACUUCAUUAUCCUGUCCAGUACAUAAGGCACUGUAUAUGGAACUGUAAAUAUUUUGAAUGCCAAAUAUGCUAUUUAGGUAUCUCAGUGCUUCACUCAUAUAGAAUAUUGGAAUAAAAAGUAAUGUCACAGGAUACAACUCUCGCUUCUUGUACAGCUCAU